UCUGUCUGAUCCUGUCAAGUCGUCAUCGUCAAGUGAAAACCUAAACUAAAAAGCUAAAUAUUUUUGGUUAGGUGUCAUUCGGCUGUUUAUUUUAUAUUUAAUAAGAAGAUAAUAUGGGAACCAGAAAUAAUUGUUGUUUUCCUCCGACAUUAUUUUUCUUCAAUGGAAUGGAUUUUUUUUGAAUUUAGAAGUUGUUGGUGUUGGAAAUUUGUAAUUUAUAUAACCUGAACUCUUCUGUGUUACUAUUUGACAUUCGAAGUUUCAGAUUUCCUUUGCAACUCUGAUAGGAAGAGAAACAAAACAACACCAGAAUGAAUAAAAAUUUGAAUUCAACUACAGAACUUACUGAAUUUGCUCCACUUUCUCCUGAACCAGAAGAUUCCCCGCGAUUCACUCAUCUGCUUUCGAGAUUCUUCAAAAGAAGUGGAAAUGACUCUAAAACUGCAUCCAAUGCACCCGUGGAAAAUAAGGCUGAAGCAAAUUCCGCUUCUGGAGCCAAGUGGGAUUCUUCGGAACCAGCUAAUGAACCAUUAAAUUUGAAUGUAAAUAGCAGCGAUCAAUUGGCCGUGGUUGCAAAAGAUGGACGUAGCCUGCCGAAUGUCCUGAAACGAAUUAGCAACUUGCUGGCUCUCAAGUAUUCAGGUCUGCAGUCUUACAAAGACACGGAUUUGAAGCAGUACUGGAUGCCGGACUCAGUGAGCAAAGAGUGCUAUGACUGCGGCGAGAAGUUCACAACGUUCCGGAGGCGACAUCACUGUCGCGUCUGCGGUCAGAUAUUCUGCUCACGGUGUUGCAAUCAGGAAAUACCCGGCAAAAUCAUGGGCUGCACAGGUGACCUACGAGUAUGCACAUACUGCGGCAAGGUGGUACUCUCCUAUCUGCAGUCGGCAGACAUGAACGCAGACCUGUCAGCCGACCUGAGGGCGUUGCAAGAAGACCUGCAGGUGAAGUUCGGUGGUGAGCUACAGGCGAGUGACCUGGGCGUCAACCUGGCCAACUCGGCCGCCUUGGCUCACAGCGAGCAGGCCGAUGCCGCCAGGCGUAAGCCUUCUGUUGCCUAUCAGGAGGAGAGAUUUGCUCAAGCAAGGGUGCAUUCUGGCAACUGCCUUGCGAUCGAAGAGAGAUGUCGGAUCCUGCAGAGCUCCCGAUCACUUCGGCUGCUACACGAGGAACUGGCCAACCCGUGCAAUGGGCUGGUGGUCGAGCUCACCAUUCAGAAGCGAGUCCACCAGACUUGCUUCUCCGGCAGCGAACUCGUCGAAUGGCUGCUCAAACACAACAAAGUCGUUGUCAGGGAACAAGGGCGAGCUCUUGGCCAGGCACUUUUGGAAGCCGGCUACCUGGAGUCGCUGACCAUGGGACUGAAGGAGUUCAGUGACGGCUACACCCUGUAUAGGCUGCGCUCCUGUCCCCCUUCCCCUUCGCCAUCUGUCAAUUCAGCACAUCAACAACAACAACAACAACAACAUCAGCAGCAUCAUCAGCAUCAGCAGGGCGUGUAUCUCGAUCAACCGAAUCAAGACAUAUCCCCCACUCCCACUCUGAUACCGAUGUCACAGUCCAGUGGAGAUCCUGAUAGCGAGGAGAUGAUGUGGUACUCACAAACCACGCAGCAGGAUUCUACGACUACAGAUUCAGAGUCUGAGAUGAGUCUGCCGUCUUCAGCCUCUCUCUUCCACCUAGACUUGAACCUUGAAGAGAACACUGUCCACAUCAGUCGGCCAAAUCCCACCACGCCUUCUCCUCGACCUACAAAACGAUCCAAAUCAAAUUCAAAGACUGAUAUACCAAAAGCUGAAGGCGUUGCCGAUAAUUACAUUAGAGAUGUGGUUCAAUUGUACAGAAAUUCAUCUAAUGAUAAAUUCAGAGCUGUAAAUUGGAACAAAGCAUCUUCCCAAUCAGAUGAUAGUCGUGUGAAACAGGUCUUCGAAACAUUAACGUCUGCAUUUAAACAACAUAACCAGAAUUUUCUGAAGCAAUUGCUGAAUGCUGAAGGCCUUUCACAAUCGUGGGCCGAUGUUGUCAUCCCAGUUGCACAGCAGGUGGUUGACACCAUCAAGCCGGAUCUCAGAAACGACGAAAACAUGGAUAUUAGGCAGUAUGUACAAUUGAAGAAAGUGCCGGGAGGCUCAAGGAGCGAGUGCUGCAUUGUUGGAGGCGUGGUCUGCUCCAAAAACGUGGCGCACAGGUCAAUGAACGCAAAACUCCUCAAUCCCAGAAUUCUAUUGCUGAGUUGCGCCAUCAUGUACCAGAGAGUCGAAGGCCGGUUCAUGUCACUUGAACCUAUUCUGCUGCAGGAGCAAGAAUACCUACGCCACGUUGUGACACGUAUCGCAGCGAUGAGCCCCACCCUGGUGCUGGUGCAGAAGAACGUGUCUCGGCUGGCACAGGAGUCGCUGCUGGCACUCGGCAUCACACUUGUGCUGAACGUGAAGCCGAGCGUGCUCGAGCGAGUGGCCAAGGUGACGCGAGCCGACAUCGUGACAAGUGUGGACGCACACGUCGGUCGGCCGCAGCUCGGCACCUGUCGAUACUUCCACAUCGAGACGUACACCACUGAUACCGGCGGAGCAAAGACACUGAUGUUCAUGGAAGGCUGCCCAGUCCCUCAUCACGGCUGCACAGUGCUGCUACGAGGCGGAACUCUGCACGAAAUGGCCAAGCUGAAGCGGGUCGUCAACCGCAUGAUAUUCUCGCUCUACAACUGGCGGCUCGAGGUGUCCUUUCUCAUGGAUGAGUUCGCCAACCCUCCCCGACCACCCGACAUGGACACGUUCUUCGACGAAUCCAACACCGCACUUACUUCCCAACCACCCGCUGAACUGAAUGUGGAAGGAACAGUGGUUGGUGACGAAUCAAACCAAAAAGGAAACGAAGAAGAUCUGAACCUAGGUGAAAAAAAUAGUGAAGGAUUACCAUUAACAGAUAGCGCAGCUUCGAAUGUCCCCAGUACUACAAACCGGGUGAGAAAACACGGUGUAGAUCACCCAGUGUCACCAAUCGAAAACAAAGAAAACCUCACAACAAACGUUGCUAAUCUACCCGUAGAUAGUAGUAAGUUGGGCGUUAAUUUAACAACAAACGUUAUUAGUGAAUCACCCCUAGAUAAUAGUAAGUUGGGCUCUGUGAAACUGAAAACUACGAAUGUGUCUAGCUCAAAAGACAAGUCGUUUAGUGAUGAUAGGAAAAUAAAUGUUGAAUCUGUGAGUGAUUUUAGUGAUCCACUUCAUUUGUACCUGAAUUUCGAGGAUGAGGUUUUCGGAGACAACUCGAGUCAAGCGCUGGCUGUGGCUGAGCUGCCUGUUGUUAAUAAAUUCCGGAAGGCGUUGGAUGACACGAUCUUGUGUAUUUCUCCUUUCAUCAAGGUGCCUGUGCCGUAUCUUGAAACUGAAACUGGCCGUAACUGUGAGCUAAGGAAGUAUCUGCCGGAAGAAAUAUUUUGGUCGGCCCAGAUUUCUGACGAUAAGUCUGGUUCUCAGAAAAACACGGCAUCUGAUUCUCAAAGCGCAGAAAAUAGAUUGCAAGGCAUCAAGCUUGCUCCCAAGCACCCGUUCACGACAGCCAAACUGACGCAAUCAGCCGACACGGCCGACAUUCAAACGCUGCUUGCCAACUUCCGCGCGUGCGGCGGCCGUCUACCUCGAUCCUCCUCCUCCUCUUCCUCCUCUUCAUCCCACUCCACCUCCAACACCUUCGUCCUCCCGCCACCCCCCUCGGCCAGUGUGCUCCCUCCUCCCCUGCUCGACGCCCUCGACCCCUCCAACCACCAGAAGUUGGCCAUGCUCUUCUGCAGCUACUCGCAUCACUCCAACAAUGCACCUGCAUUCUGUGUUAACCCAUGGGUUGUUCACAUGGAUUUCUAUGGUCGAAACGACAUACCUUUGGGCGAUUUUCUAGAAAAGUAUUGUUUUAGAAAGUCGUACUUUUGUCCUUCGAAAACGUGUGAUACGCCGAUGGUGCAGCAUAUAAGGAGGUUUGUGCACUCGGGCGGAGCUGUGCAUAUAGCUCUCCAAGAGCUGGAGACUGCGCCCACUGAUGACGAAAAUAUUCUCAUGUGGAACUCUUGUCCUAUAACUAAGUUGGAUUCUCCUGUGAUGGUAUUGUCGAAUGAUACGUGGGCGUUCUCAUUUGCCAAAUACUUGGAGCUGCGUUUCCACGGUGACAUGUACACGCCCAGAGGUGGAGCUAUGGAAACCAAGUGCGAUCACUCAUUGCAUCACAACCAUAUACAAUAUUUCGGAUACAAAAACAUGGUAGCAUUUUUCAAGUAUACAAAAAUUCUUGUGUGGGAAAUAUCGUUGCCCCCAUCGUUGUUGCUUACCCAAUCAGAGCCUUAUCAUCAAAACUAUGUUCUGGAUGAGAUGAAAAAGUGGGCAGUAGCUGGUCACGAAGUAUUCAGCGGAAUUUUGAACAGGCUUUGCAACAUGGGCCAGAAUGGUGGUGAUGCUAUCACAAUAGCUGCUUUGAAGCAACAACUACAGAAAGACCAAACAGUAUUCAAGUCAAGGGUUGAUGAGAUACAGAUGAAGAUGACUUCGCCAACACUUGAAGAUUCUCCUGAUACUGAUAGCGACAUGGUGAAGAUGAGCAUGUGGAAGCUGUGUGACUCACUGGUGCUGUUGAAGCGCCUGGUGGCUGAGUCAGUGGCCGACUGGAAUGCGCGCCUCUUGGACCUGGAGAGCAGUGUGCGCAGGCGCGAUGAGAGGGCCAAGAAGAACAGCACUGAGCAGAGGGUGUCAGUCACCGCUGCUGCUGGCCUCACCGACAUCAUUGAGGGGGUAAUAACGUCACAUUUCCCCGACACGCAGGCCGAUCUGAUUCCGAUCGAGGAGACCGUGCAUCCGAGUCAGUUGAGCAUGUCGACGUCAAUGUGUUCGGAGCCAGAGGUUGCCAUGGAAACGGACGAACUGCAGACUGCUGAUGCCACCUCUACUGCUGCUGCUGUUGACAAUGAUGAUGGCACAGAGGAUCAACCGGCCUUCACUCUAACCGAGGGACAGGCGGCGGCCGGCAGAGAGUCAACUGCUGAAAGUGAUGCUCAACUGAACCUGGUUGAGUCACAUGGUAAUGUGGUGAAAACUGAAAGCAAAGUGCCUAGGAUGGAUGAUGUUUUGAAGGAAGUAUCAACUGUGCAAACUGAUCGAACGAUCGAUACGGAGGUCAAUGAAAGUCCCGCCGAACCUGAUGAAGGAGAGGCAGCAGCUAAUGCCCAACAUGGCUCCAAAGCAGACAAAAAGACUGUCAAAACAAUACUAUCUCAGUUGUUACCUACUCAACAAAUUGCAGCUCCUAUCCAAUCUCCAAUGAGUCCACAAGAACACCAUUGUUUACCUCUGGGUGUGUCUGUGCCGGUUGUUGUGUAUGAGAGGGAGCCCAGCUCUAUAAUAGCCUAUGCCUUGAGUUGUCACGACUACAGGAUAGAUCUCGAAGAAUUGAGAAACAGCAAUAAAGGUCCGCCCUCAGAACAGCCUAGUCCAAGUCCUGUGAAUAAGCGAAAAAGCGGAACAUCGGAAUCGAUGAGGGAGUCGAUAUCGGAAGCGCCGUCCACCCACGAGCACAGGCGCACCGGAUCCGGAAUGCUGUCAUUCCUUAGAGCGGCCGCUUCAAACAACAAUCUGGGCAAUAGCGGCACCAGUAUCAGUCGUCAAAAUUCAGAGAUCGGUCAAAGCAGCAGUGGUGCCUUACCCAGCGAGGGACCAUCACCACAACCUCAGGAAUUGGAUGAGAAUCGAGCUGAACCAGAAAGCAACAAAUCAAAAUCAGCAAAAUCACUCUCUUCUCUCCACUUGGAGGUUCAAUUUUCGGACAGUUGUGCCAACUUUAUAGUGAAAGUGUACUUUGCGGAGCAGUUUGCUCGACUGAGAGCGGCCGUAUUCCCGGCGGGCGAAGAGGCGUUUGUGCGCUCUCUGUCGCGGUGUGUGCAGUGGGCAGCUAGAGGCGGAAAGUCCGGAUCUAAUUUCUGCAAAACCAAAGACGAUCGCUUCAUCCUGAAAGAGAUGACGCGACUAGAGACACAGCUGUUCGUGGAGUCGGCGUCGAACUACUUUGAGUACAUGGAGGGCUGCGUGGCGACCAACACACCCACCCUGUUGGGCAAGAUUGUCGGAGUGUACCGCGUGAUCUAUCGCAACGCCACCUCCAGCAACACGUUGCGUUCAAACCUGCUAGUCAUGGAGAACCUGUUCCACGCGCGCUCUGUCAAGCACAAAUUCGACCUCAAGGGAUCAGUCAGAAAUCGACUGGUCAAUCCCAACGAACAGGAGGGCGAGAUUGUGUUGCUCGACGAGAAUCUUCUCAAUCGCAGUUGCGACUCGCCACUCUACAUCCAGCCGCACGCGAAGACCGUUCUGAUGCAGGCGAUCCACCAGGACACGCAGUUCCUGGCCGCACAGUGCGUGAUGGACUACUCGCUGCUGGUCGGCCUCGACGAGACCAAGAAGGAGCUGGUGGUUGGCAUCAUCGACUACAUCCGCACCUUCACCUGGGACAAGAAGCUGGAGACCAUGGUGAAGCGCAGCGGGCUGCUGGGAGGGCAGGGCAAGCAGCCCACCAUUGUGUCGCCUGACGAAUACCGUGAUCGGUUCAUUGCAGCUAUGCACAAGUACUUUCUGCCCGUGCCUGAUCGUUGGACUGGCCUCGGAAAGGGACUCGACUGUUGAUACCUGUAAGCAACCUAAUCAAACAACUGUCUACAAUAUUUUUAUCAAACUGAAAUCUAUGAUUCGAUGGCGAGGGUUUUCGAAUGUUGAUCAUUAAUACGGUGAUUCCCCUAAUAAGGUAUGACAAAGAUAAGGUGAUCCUUGGGUGUAAUGUCUGGUAAAGUAGUCCAAACUCACCAUUGUGAAUUAUAAACUAGGUGAUCCGCCUAAUAUGGUGUGACAAAAAUAAUGUUAUUCGCGGGUGUUAUAUCUGGUAAAGUGCUUCCAACUAUAGAGAAAAUAUAGCAUAAGGAGAUAUCUCAUGGUAUAGGGAGUUUAUGUUCCAAAUUUCCCUGUUAACUCAAGCCGGUAGUCCUAGUAGUUAACUUUCGUGGAGCUAUGUGACGCUGAUAGUCUCUCAUACUGUAUCGUUCUUUUAAUCGGCCAAAACUGUAAUAAUAGACAGUAGUCGACAGUAAUCGGCUUGAAAUUUGUAUGAUAAACGACCUAUACCAUAGAAUAUCUUCUUACGCUAUUUUUUCUCUAUGUUCCAACUCACCCUUGUGCAUUAUAAAUAUGGUGAUCCGCCUAAUAGGUAAUACAUGGGUGUGAUGUCUGGUAAAGUGGUCACAAAUCACCUGUAUGAGUUGGUAGCCACUUGCACUUUCUGUGAGCAAGCUAAUCAAACAACUAUACAUCCAAUAUUCUUAUCAAAUAUUUUAUUCCACUCCAUGUUGUCACGUUUGUUCAUAUGGUUAUCACUCUUGAAGAUCUUCAUCCAACUAAAAUCUAGAUUCUAUUAUACUUCAGGUUAACAUGUUGUCACAUUUUUCUGGUCAUCACUUGAAGAUUAUGCUACGAUUACAGUUUCUAUCAAUAACUGUGAUCUACUGUUAUAAGUUACAAGUGUUUCUUCAAAUUUAAAGUUUUAUGUAAAGAGAUUAUUAUCCACAUAAAACAGUUGUUGCCUUAGAAACAGUUUGGAAGAUACUAAUAGAGGAAUAAAAUAUUAAAAAGAUCUGAUGAUUCAAGUAUAUAUGAUCUCACUUCAGGCUGUAACGGUAGUAUCAUAUUCUACUUUCCGUAUGCACAUCACUAUUGUCAUUUUUGAUAGUGGCAGAUUCAGGAUUGAGUCAAGAGGGAUCUAAGGGGACAGGGAACAUUUAUUCCAGAUAAAAUUUUAAAUAUUUAUGUGGAAUUUUAUUAGAAAGUCUAAUUAUAUCUAUUGUAGAUUGAACAUCCUAGAAGGGACUGCCACUGUGUUUUUGAUAACAGUAACCAUGAAUUAAUACUUCUAUAAGUUGUGAUUAAAUUUGAUUCUGUAAUGCAGAACUUCAAAAUAUAUACAGCUUAUUGUUGAAAUUUGAAAAAAACUUGAAUAGCUUGGAAGAAAUAAUGCACCAGGAUAUACCAUACAAGCUACAAAGCUUCUUUAAUAAAAUAUCCAUCUUGAAGUGGGUAGCUUUAUCACUGCUGUAGUAGCAUCAUUAAAUAAUAUAAUAUAUUUUUCACAUGAUCGUUGCUAAAUAUUUUGAGAUAAAAAAUAUUAAAUUAUUUUAAUGGAUGAAAUUUUAAGGCUGAAAUGUUUCUAUUGAAGAGUAGAUUUGUAAGAAUGUUUUGAUGAUUUAAUGUUUUUUGAUCGUACAUUUUGUAUCCACUUUGUCUCUUAUUAGCACAAUGCUGUAGUAUCCGACCCACAUUUUAGGACUCAUUAUAAGAUUUCAGCGUACCGUACUUGGUGAUCAGUUUUAUUUUGGUUGCUAACCUCAAACCAAUAAUUCUUAAUCUUAAUCUUAUUCCUGAAUUAUUUAAGCCAUUUCCUAUAUUCCCAAUCACCUUGAUCAAAUUCAGUCUAUUUCUCUACUCUUGGAAGUUUAUUGCUUCAUCUUUCCAGUUCUGAUAAAUUAUUUAUUCCCAUUUUGAAAAUUAUCAUAUGCUGAUAUCUAAUGUCACAUAUAAUUACUUCUCUCCCAUUGAAAUAAUUUUUUAUUCAAUAAUCUACCUAUUUUGAAAUUUCAAUCAUUUUUGGCUGCAUCAUAUUCAUAAGAAUAUGCUAUAACAGCCAUAUCGAAUCUCACAAAUAUUUUACCCUGAUUGAGACAAUUUUGUUUCUAACUACUCUUAA